UUUUACAAGAUUUUAUAGAAAUACUUGAUUUAAUAUCUCUGAGUAGUCUUAGUCUAUAUGAUAAAAUUACGGAAAAUCUAACAGUCAUACUUAGAUCAAAGCUUAGCAAGCCUAGAUGUGAGGAUAAAUUUUUGGUAUGACGUAAAGAUAGUUGUGAUAUUAAUUGUGUCAAAUUGAGCAAGUGCCAUAUUAACCAUGGAUGGAAGUAAUUCCAAAAUUGGUAACAACGAUGAACUGAACGAAAAUAAUGAAGCAAAGGUUUCAGAAGAAGAAAAACAAAGUGAUGAAAAUAUUACGAGCAAAGCUGAAGAGAAUUUAGAAGAAGAACAAGUUGAACAUCUUGACGACGAAGAACUCGAUGAUGAAGAACAAAAACAGAAAGACAAAACUUUGCAUGAAGAGCACGGUGAAGAGAUAAGCAUUGAGGAAAUAGAGGAAGAAAAAAAUGUAGAGGAACAAUUAGAUGAGCAAGAGAAAACAGACGAGCAAAAACCUCCAGAAACGACUGAAGAAGUCGAUGAAGAGGAGGAAGGGUACGUUGAAGAGCCGCCACCAGAUCCAGCAGCCCCACUUGACUUUAGUGAGUCUAAAGAAAUGCUAAAGCCUCAAUUCGAUUUAAGACCAGACCAAAUAGCAGAAGUAGAACAACUUUGGGAGUUAUAUCAGAACUAUACACCUGCUUAUACUGAUCUCGAUGGAUAUAUAACAGAAAAAGAACUUGUUUAUAUGUUAAAAUCUCUUUUGCUCAUGACUUAUACCCCUGAACAAUUGCAAGAACUAAUUGCAUUUUGUGUGAAACCCUCACAUCCUCAGGGCCAUAUCAAUUAUGAUCAAUUUCUGAAAAUGGUUACUCUGAGGCAAAGAGACUUUCCUAUCGAAGACGAACUUCGUUCUUCUUUGCAGGUAUUGGACCCAGGUAGAACAGGAUCAAUAGACAGGGAAUAUUUAAAAGAACUGUUAGCGAAACAGGGUCACAAAAUGCCACAAAAACAGUUAGAUAAUCUUAUAAAAGAAGUAGACAUAAGUAACGACGGCACAAUUGGAAUCGAAGACGUAGUUGGUACCAUGUGUAUAGAUCUCAAUAAAGACGACUUGAUAAUGCUUAUGGCGUCUUUGAAUCCUCCAGAAGAAAAUGCUGACAGAGAAGAGGCAUAGACUUA